ACAAGCUAGCAGCUAAACUCACCCAACUGUUAGUCUGCUAAGCUGCUAGCUGCGUGUGGGAGUGGCACUCUCCGCUACAGCUCGAUAGGUACGUACAUAAGCUAUCUAGCACGGGCUGUGAGCCAGCGAGCGAUCGAGCAUGUCGUCGAGCAACCGGAGGUCACGCACGCGGCGCGCCGGGAGCUCGCCGUCCAUCUCAGAGGAGCAGAUCUCCGAGCUGCUGUCCAAGCUGCAGGCGCUGCUCCCGGAGUCUCAAGCUCGCAAUGGCGCUCACAGGGGUUCCGCGGCGAUGGUGCUGCAGGAGACGUGCAACUACAUCCGGAGCCUGCACCGGGAGGUGGAAGACCUGAGCGAGACGCUCGCGGCGCUGCUCGCCUCCGACACCGUCACCGCCGAGCAGGCCGCCGUCAUCAGGAGCCUCCUCACGUGAGAUGUGACCCACCCUCCCACCGUCCGGCGGCGCACACGUACGGCCACCAAGCUCUCCGGCGGCCCAUGUGAGCAUGCCCGUGAGCGUUACAACCAGUACCUGCGUUGUGAGCCCAAUUCCCAAGGUAAAAAAUUUCGACUCUGUUAACCCAAUUUCACCCCAUAAGACUAGGCAAUGUUUUAUACAAAAUUGCAUCAAAGGUGAUAGCAAACCGUCUCAAAGUGAGCAGUCGACAUUUGUUCCAGGACGGAUAACGGAUGAUAUUAUUGUGAUUUCUGAGUGCUUGCACUUUAUGAAGGGAAACACAGAGCUGUUAAGCAUCGUCAUUGUGCCGUGAAGCUCCACAUGGUGAAGGCUUGUGGCAGGGUUGAAUUGGGAUUUUCUGAGCAUUGGGCGAACAUUGUAAUGUGUCUUGUCAACUCGGUCUCAUACAAGUUUUGUUCAAUGGUAAGAAACUUGAAGAAUACAAAGGAUCGAGAGGUCCGACAGGGAGAUCCAAUUUUUCUUUUCCUAUUCUUUUCGGCGGGCCUUUUGUGAUCAGAGUUGAGUUGUCUCAGAUUGGUGUGGUCCAAGUAGCGCCAUCGGCGUCAUCUAUUGCUUUUAUUUGCAAAUGACAGUUUAUUGUUUUAAAGACUAGUAAUGGUGUUGGGGCGACUGAGGUGUCAACCAGUUGGAUGUUUAUUUCUAAGCUUCUGGCCAGCA